AACGCACCGUGAGCGCUCUCAACGAAGGACGUCGUGAAAAACUAGGAAAAACCAAAUCAAAGUCGUCCAUAUUUGUUUGGUGCGCUCUUGCCCGCGGUUAUUGAAAAUUUUAGGACCAACGAGUCAGUGAAAUUUUGCAGAGUGGCGAAGAUCACGCCGUACCCGAGCAUGAGUUACUCAGGGAGGAGUAAAUUCGAGAUCGGUCGGUUCUCGGGUGAGGACGAAAACCACAUAAACAAGAAGUUGCCUAAGGAGCUGCUGCUGCGGAUCCUGUCCUACCUGGACGUGGUAUCCCUCUGCCGCUGCGCCCAGGUUUCUAAACUAUGGAACAUACUGGCUUUGGACGGCUCCAACUGGCAGCGGAUAGACCUCUUCGAGUUCCAGAGAGACGUCGAGGGUCCCGUGAUAGAGAACAUAUCGCAGCGCUGCGGCGGGUUCCUUCGACAGCUGUCGCUCCGAGGGUGCGAGAGCAUAGCUGAUGGCUCUAUGAAAACACUUGCACAGUCAUGCCCGAACAUCGAAGAUUUGAACCUAAACAAAUGCAAAAAGGUCACCGACCAGACCUGCCAGGCACUCGGCAGGAGGUGCACCAAGCUACAGAGAAUAAACCUGGACUCCUGUCCCAGCAUUUCGGACAUAUCACUGAAAGCGUUGUCGGAUGGAUGUCCGCUCCUGACUCACGUAAACGUGUCGUGGUGCCAGUCCAUCACGGAGAACGGCGUGGAGGCUCUGGCCAGGGGCUGUCCCAAACUGAAGAGCUUCAUAUGCAGAGGCUGUAAGAACGUGAACGACAGAGCCGUGUCGUGCCUGGCCACGUACUGCCCGGACCUCGAGGUGCUAAACGUACAGGGCUGCGAAAGCCUAACAGACGAGUCGAUAUCGAAGUUGUGCGGCGGUAUGCGUCUCCUGUGCGUGUCGGGGUGCUCCCGGCUCACGGACGCGGCGCUCGCGGCGCUAGCGGCGCGCUGCCCCGAGCUGGUGACCCUCGAACUAGCGCAGUGCACGCAGCUCACGGACGCGGGCUUCCAGGCCCUGGCCAGGAGUUGUCGGAUGCUGGAGCGGAUGGACCUUGAGGAGUGCGUGCUCAUCACAGACGUCACGCUCGUGCACUUGUCUAUGGGCUGCCCAAGGCUCGAGAAACUGACGUUGUCUCACUGCGAGCUGAUAACGGACAACGGCAUCAAGCAACUCUCCAUGUCCCCCUGCGCCGCGGAGCACCUCACCGUGUUGGGUCUAGACAACUGUCCCCUCGUGACGGACGGAGCCCUAGAGCACCUCACAUCCUGCCACAACCUACAGCUGAUCGAGCUAUACGACUGCCAGCUGGUCACAAGGAACGCCAUCCGGAAACUUAGGAACCACCUGCCCAACAUAAAGGUGCACGCAUACUUCGCGCCGGUCACGCCUCCCGCGGCGGGCGGCGCCGCGCGGCAGCGCUACUGCCGCUGCUGCGACAUCAUAUGAUCGCGCUACAACCACAACG